UUCUUUACGUUUCUCACCAAAUCCCACAACAGGAAUUUGGACCCAAGAUGACGGGUCAUAAUAGACCACCACCUGCUCCUUGUAUAAUUUGAAGUAUCAUAGAUCAAAUCCACUUAGUCCCAACUACCCCAAUACGUGUAGAUUAAUAUAUAAAAACUCAUUUAUAUUGGCUUUAUAUUUCAUCUUCUUCUUCACUAACCAAAACCAGACAGACUUGUAUACGUACCGAGCGAGGGAGAGAAAGAUGGUGAACAUUUUCACAAUACACAAUGCAUUAUUAAGUGUAGCUUUGAAGAUAGCCGGUAUGAAGUCCGAAAAAGUUGAAAUCGAGCCAGGAACGGUGAUGAACUUCUGGGUACCUUCCAAAACGACAGACAAGAAUAUUCCUAAGAAACCCGCCGUGGUCUUUCUUCACGGCUUCGCUGCCAACGGAAUAUUGACAUGGCAAUUCCAAGUUCUAUCACUGGCCAACAAGUACGCAGUUUAUGUGCCGGACUUCCUCUUCUUCGGUGACUCGAUCACUGACAGACCUGACCGGUCUCCGUCGUUCCAGGCAGAUUGCGUCGCCAAGGGCCUUACCAAGCUUGGAGUGCAGAAGUGCACCUUGGUCGGGCUCAGCUACGGUGGCAUGGUUGGGUUUAAGAUGGCUCAGCUGUACCCAACCUUGGUCCACUCCAUGGUCGUUACUUGUUCCGUUAUGGCCUUAACGGAGUCCAUUAGUUCGGAGUCGCUUCACCGGAUCGGGUUCGAUAGCUGGCCGGAUUUUCUGCUUCCCGAAACCGCUCAGGGUGUGAAAGACAUGUUCCAUGCAGGUACCUACAAGCUUCCCAGUUUUCCCAAUUGGUUCUACCAACAAUGUUUGGAGGCAAUGUUCGACAAUCGCAAGGAAAAGAAACAACUUCUGGAGGCUUUAAUCAUGUCUGAUAGCGAAUUCAGUGUUCCCGAUUACCGUCAGGAUCGGCAAACAAGCAGGGUGGUUUUGCGGAGAAUGCUUAAAGAGGGGUUGUAUCAGCUGGACAUGUCGUUGCUUGCACCUGGAACCCUUUCAGCUCCGUCCUCACCCCAGUCGUUGUGUCUUACAAGUGUUGCUUCUCAGUCUCGCUGCAAUAAACUUUCCCCUUCCUUAAGUCAAGUGGAUGUUUGGCACCGACGCCUUGGACACCCUUCUAGUCUUGUAUUGUCUCAAGUGUUUAAGAUGUCUAAUAGGGUGAGUCUUUUGUGGGGGCAUAAUGACAAGAUAUUCAAUAUGGAAACGGCCAGCAACUUGAAGAAGGAAAUUGGAGAGAAUGCAACACUGGAGAGCAUAGAGAAGGCUGGUCACCUAGUUCCAACGGAGAGACCAUGUGUAUACAAUAACCACCUCAAGAAAAUUCUUGCUGACUUGUUGGAGGACAAUUGAGCGCUAUCACAAGUAGUGUGUCUUUAAUGUGCUUAUAUACGAGAUACAAAUAACGUGAUACAAAUAACGUGUAAUAUGUAUGUUUAGUUUUAUUUAUAGAAUUUAUUAAUUAUUUUUAUUAAAUUUAUAUUAAUGUCAUAUAAAUUUCAAAUAAAUAUUAUAUUUUAAUUAAAUAAUUUAUUUAUUUUU